UUGGCGUGCCGCGGUAGCCGAGCCGCUCUCGCGGGCCCCACGUGCGCUCCGGGCCCGGUUAUGGCGGACCCGCCCCGAGGCGGCGCCCUUGGGCGCAAGCGGCGGCGGCCCGGGUCGGAGCCCCCCGGGCUGGGGGCGCGGCCCCGCCUGGAUCCCGACGCCGCGGGCUACUUCCGCCGGGCCGCCGAGAGCCUCCGGGCCGGGCUGGGGCCGGGCAGCGAGCGGGGUCUGUUCGUCACCAACGUGUUGGAGGAGGCGGUGGGCUCCGUGCUGCCCCUGGCCCUGGACCCUUCUGGCUCCCUGCUGCUCCAGGCCCUGCUGCCUGAGGCCUCACCUGCCCAGCUGGCCAAGCUCCUGCGCCCCCUGCUGCCCGCCCUGUGCCAGGCUGCCUGCCACCCUUGUGGUGCCCAUGUUCUGGAGGCUGCCCUGCUCCGGGCUCCCCAGCUGCUGGGAGAGGAGGACGCUGGGACGCUGGAGGAGCUUGUGCUGCAGCUGGGGCAGGCCGUGAGGGAGGAGCUGAGGGCCUUCGCCCGGGACCCCCACGCCAGUUUUGUGGUGAGGACCCUGCUGCAGGUACUGGGGGGGGUCCGUGUCGGCUCUGAUGCGGCCCGGGGGCUCUCGGGGACAGGGCCCCCUGCCCCACGCAAGAAACGGGCUGAAGCCAAGAGCGAGGGGCCGGUGGAGUUUGAAGUGCCGGACUCGUUCCCGGCCCUCCUGCGCGAGUUCAUUGCUGCUUUCCAGGAGAACAUCGCAGAGUUCAUCACCCACAGAGUCGCCAGCCUCUGCCUGCAGGUGGCACUGGAGGUUUUGCACAGGAAACUGCCCGAGGCCUGCGCUGAGCUGUGCAGCUCUGUGAUUGGCUACCUGAGCUCGCGGAACCCCGCCGCUGGAUGCAGCCCCCUGCUGGUGUUCCUGAAGGACCCGGUCUGCAGCCGAGUGCUGGACAAGGUGCUGGAGGUGUCGGAGCCGCGGGCGCUGCGGCUGCUCUACCGGCAGCACUUCCGGGGCCAGCUGCGGGCGCUGGCGGGCCACGGGGUGGCCAACUUCACCCUCCAGCGCCUCAUCGGGGCCGCGCCCCCCAAGCUGCUGGGGAAGGUGCUGGCAGAGCUGGGCCCUGGGCUGGAGGAGGUGCUGGCCCAGGGGCACGCGGGGGUGGCCACGGCGCUGCUGGGAGCCUGCCGGCGGUGCGGGGCCGGCCAGCAGGAGGCGCUGCAGGUGCUUAUGGAGGCCUUCCACUGCUGGGAGCCCCCUGCCCGGCGGGCAGCCUGCGCCCCCCUCUUUGCCUCCCUGCUGCCCUACGAGGUGUACUAUGCCCCAGGGGAGGGCCAGGAGGCGCAGCCCCCCCUGGAAGAGCAGCCUGAUUCCCCACCUACCCUGGCCUCAGUUUCCCUCCACGGCUCCCUGCUGCUCCAACACCUGCUGCACUUUGCCGACCCCUCCCCUGUGCUGCGAAGCCUGGCCGCUCUUCCCCCGCACGACCUGGUCACCCUGGCCUGCAGCCCGGCCGGCAGCCACGUCUACGACGCCCUCCUGGCCAGCCCCUCCGUACCCCGCAAGCCCAGGCGCAAGGUGCUGCGCGGGCUCCAGGGUCACUACGUGUCUCUGGCUUGCAACAAACACGGGAGCAGAGUCCUGGACGCCAUCUGGAGCCGGGCCACCCUGCCGGCCAAGAGACAGAUUGCCCAGGAACUGGUUGAGCAGGAGCAGCAACUGCGUAAUGACCCCUUUGGGCACCACGUGGUGCGGAACUUCGCUCUGACCCAUUUCCUGAAGCGCCGGCGAGACUGGGACCGGCACCAAGAGGCGGAGACCAAACGCAGGGAGCUGUUCGCUGAGAUUCUGGAGGAUUGAAUGCUGGGGGGCAGGGACGGGAUUGCUGGCCCCUUCGGGCACCAGGAGAGAUUCUCCUUCCAACCAUAGAGAUCCUGGAGGACUGAAUGCCAGAGUGGGUGCUGCCCACAUCUGCUACCCAUAGAGCUUGUGGAAGACUGAAUAUUAGAGUGGGCGCUGUGGAGUUUUUAUGCCCCUCUUGGCUCCUAACCAUAGAGACUAUAGAGGACUGAAUACCAGGAGUGCUGUGUUGGAUCUUAUGCUCUCAUCUGCUUCUGACCAGAGAGCCUGGAGGACUGAAUACCAGAGCGGAUGCUGUAGGAGUCGCUGUUGACUCCUCACCAUAGAGAGCUUGGAGGACUGAAUGCCAGAGCGGGUGCUGCCUUCAUCUGCUCUGACCCAUAGAGAUUGUGGAACACUGACUAGCAGAAUAGGUGCUGCCCACAUCUGCUUCUAACCAUAGAGAUCCUGGAGGACUGAAUGCCAGAGUGGGUACUGUGGAGUUUUAAUGUCCUUGUUGGCAUCUAAGCAUAGAGAUAUUGGAGGACUGACUUCGGGUGGUGUCUGUGUUGGGGUCCUUGUCCCUACCCACUAUCUGUUCUGAACCAUAGAGAUCCUGGAGGACUCACCCCCACUAGGGGCCGCUCUGGACUUCCUUUCUCCCUCUUGUCUGCUCCCAGCUGCACAGAGGCGGUUACAAUCCUGAUUUUCUAUAAAGGUUUCUAUUUCCCUACA